AUGCCAUAAAUGGUAUUCAGAAUAAAAGUCUGUACCUAAAAUAUUUGUGGGAAAUAAAAUAGAUAUGAGAAAUUCAGAAAAGCAAAACCACAUUUAAUAUAAAACUGUAACGCUCGAUUUUAUUAACUUAUUAGACGAAAUCUAAAAUUGA